UUAGACUAAAUGUUUUUCCAGUAAGAAAAUGUUUUGAGUGUGUUUUUCGGAAUGUUUUGGUGGGUGUUUUUCUGUAAGAUGGAAUAUGUAUUUUGUAAAUGUUUUUCUUGUUAAAGUGAUGUUUUUCCGGAACGCUUAUUUUAUUUGUUUUCUGUGGUGUUUGGAUGUUUUUCCGGAAAGUAUAUUUUUAUUCAUGUUUUAGGCGAUGUUUGGAUGUUUUUCCGGAAGGGUUGUUGUUUUGUGUGCUUGUUUUAAGAGAUGUUUGGAUGUUUUUCCGGAAAGUUCGUUGUUUUGUUUGUAUGUUUAAGAGAAGUUUGGAUGUUUUCCGGAAAGUAUAUUUUAUUUGUUUUAGGUGAUGUCUGGAUGUUUUUCCGGAAGGGUGUUUUUAUUUAUGUUUUAAGAGAAGCUUGAAUGUUUUUUCGGAAAGUUUGAAUUGUUUUGUAUGUGUGUUUUAAGAGAUGUUUGGAUGUUUUUACGAAAAUAUAUUUUAUUUGUCUUAGGUGAUGUUUGGAUGUUUUUCCGGAAAGUUUGU